CACUGCGGUGUGACCCCAUCAUUCACCCUGCUUCCUGUUGGAGUGUCUCCAAAAUGCCUCCUGAUUUUAAUCAAAAUUCUGUCAGCAUCCUAAGAAAUAUAAAAUACAAGGAUUCGCUGAGUCAAGGCACAGCCAUACCAGACCUCCCUGAGAUGAAGCGGGUCAAAGAGAAUCAGAAGCACAUCAGCUCGGUUUUGUAUAAAGACCUGUCAGCGAAGGGAACGCCUGUGGUGUUCACUCCAGAGAUGGAGCGGGCCAAACGGAACCAAUUGCAGAUUAGCUCGGUUCUGUACUCCGACAGCUUCCGUAAGCAGGUGCAGGGCAAGGCCGCCUUUGUGCUGGACACCCCUGAGAUGAGACGUGUUAAAGAAACCCAGCGUAUCAUCUCUGGAGUCAGAUACCACCAGGACUUUGAGAAGAGUAAGGGCAGCUUCACCCCCACCAUCUCUGACCCCGUCACUGAGCGCGUGAAGAGGAACACCCAGGACUUCAGUGACAUCAGCUACCGCGGCAUCCAGAGACGUGUGGUGGAGAUGGAGAGGAGACGUGCAGAGGAGCACGAUCAGGAGACCAUCACUGACCUGCGUGUGUGGCGCACAAACCCUGGCUCUGUCUUUGACUAUGACCCUGCCGAGGACAACAUCCAGUCCAGAAGUCUUCACAUGAUGUCAGUCCAAGCCCAGCGUCGCAGUAAGGAGCACUCCCGCUCCACCAGUGCAAUGAGUGGUGUGGGCGAUGAGAAGUCAGAGGUGUCUGAGAACGUAGACCACCACGCAUCCCUCUACAGCAAUGGCUUUGGUGUCUCCACUCUACAAGGUUACACACAGACCAAGACAAUUGAGGUUCAGCAGAGAUCCUCCUCUGUGGCAACACAACAGACCACUGUUUCUUCUGUCCCCUCACAUCCCUCAACCACUGGAAAAACUGUCCGUGCCAUGUAUGACUAUGCUGCUGCAGACAAUGAUGAAGUGUCCUUCAAGGACGGUGAUGUGAUUGUGAGUGUGCAGUCUAUCGAUGAGGGUUGGAUGUAUGGCACUGUGCAGCGUACUGGAAAGACCGGUAUGCUCCCUGCCAACUAUGUGGAAGCCAUCUAAAUGCAACUACUGCCCUCUCAAACUCCCUGAGGAUGAGGGCGUUUGAUAUCCACUCAGAACAAACUAUUUUAUGUGUGCUAAUGUUAGUCCAAGUAGUUACGCUACUGUUUGUCCUCAUUACUGUUAAGAAAUUUCAUUUGUGCCUAUGUCACAAGUCUAUUGUGGUUGUGGCAUGAGAAACUGACAAAUUAUACAUACCUAUUUAAGUCACAGACAAUUGUAUUUAUCUUUGUUCUGUUCUAACAUUUAAGUAACUGGAGCCCAUUAUUUUUGUAUAUUGCAAUCACACUACAUUCAAAGAAUGCCAUCCUGAAAGUUUUAACACUGAAACGUUUGCACAACGAGAGAUGGGCUCAUAGUUCACUUUAUAUGUGAAAAAGGAAAAUCUGAAAUCGUUUUAUAAGACGACGUUGAGGACAGGCCAUCAGUUCCUCAAAAAUGAAAAUGUAUUUAUGUUAAAAGCAAGCCUCCUCCCUCCCUUGCUGAAGGCUGGCCACUAUUUGCAUGCGUGUUUUGUUUCUGAUUCUGUAGGUGUGGGGUUAGAGGAAGAUGUAUACCUUGAAUCAGUAGAUAAUAAAACACCAUGCUUCUGCAGUC